CAUGUGGAUUCAACAGCUUUUAGGACUCAGUUCCAUGUUCAUCCGCUGGCCCGGCUGCUCCCUAGGAAGCCAUGCUUGGAUCCUUAUAGCCAUGUUUCAGCUCGCCCUGGAUCUGCCCGCGUGUGAGUCCCUGGGCCCGGGCCCUGAGUUCCGGCUACUGCCUCGGCCACCCCACCGGCCGCCUCGCUUGUGGAGUUUUAAGAGUGGACAGCCCGCCCGGAUCCCCGCACCUGUGUGGAGCCCCCGGCCGCCCCGCGUGGAGCGCGGACACAGUCACGGACAGAUGCCAAGUCCCCGGGCCCGACGGGCGCACAGACCCAGGGACCAGGAGGCCACUCUGGGGCCCAAAGGGGGGCUGGCCAAGCCCCCAGCUGCUGCCAAAUCCAGCCCUUCCCUGGGCUCCUCCCCCACCUCCUCCUCCUCUGCAGGGGCCAGUGGGGCCCCUACGGACCAGCAGGCCCUCCUGCGGCGGGGGAAGAGGCACCUACAGGGGCCCGCUUUCAACAGCUUUGACUUCCGGGGCAGCAGGCCCACCACGGAGACGGAGUUCAUUGCCUGGGGGCCCACGGGGGAGGAGGAGGCCCUGGAAUCCAACACAUUCCCGGGCUUUUACGGCCCCACCACGGUCUCCAUCUUCCAAACGCGGAAGACAACUGUGGCCUCCGCCACCACCACGGCCACAGCCACCACGGCCCCCUCUGUGACACUGCAGACUCAAGGGGUCACCGAGCCCCUGGACCCCAGGAGUAGGAUCCCGGUUGGGGUAAGCACAACGGAGCCUUCCACCAGUCCCAGCAGAGACAGUGGCCAAGACAGCCAGCCCCCGCGGGUUCUGGGGGAGACCUCAGGUUUGGCCGUCCAUCAGAUCAUCACCAUCACCGUCUCCCUCAUCAUGGUCAUAGCUGCUCUGAUUACAACUCUUGUCUUAAAAAACUGCUGCGCGCAGAGUGGGAACCCACGUAGGAACAGCCACCAGCGGAAGACGAACCAUCAGGAGGAGAGCUGCCAGAACCUGACAGACUUCACGCCUGCUCGGGUGCCCAGCAAUCUGGACAUCUUCACGGCCUACAAUGAGACCCUCCAGUGUUCCCACGAGUGUGUCCGGGCAUCUGUGCCCGUCUACACCGACGAGACGCUGCAUCCGGCCGGGGAGUACAAGUCCACGUUUAAUGGGAACCGGCCCUCUUCUUCUGAUCGGCAUCUUAUUCCUGUGGCCUUUGUGUCUGAGAAAUGGUUUGAAAUCUCCUGCUGACUGGCCGAAGUCUUUUUUACC